CUGACCCUUCGAGAGAGCGAGACCCGAGCUUUCUUCUUUCGCGCCCCUUCGCCAGAGAGGAGAGAGACAGACAGAGAGAGACGGAGAAAGAUGGAUGCGGUGAUGGUCGCGGAGGCGUUGAAGGACCCGACGGCGGCGGUGGCGGCGGCGCCGGGGAAGAAGAACCGAAUCCAGGUCUCCACCAACAAGAAGCCGCUCUACUUCUACGUCAAUCUCGCUAAGAGGUACAUGCAGCAGCACAAUGAGAUCGAGCUCUCUGCGCUAGGAAUGGCUAUUGGCACUGUUGUUACUGUUGCUGAGAUACUGAAGAACAAUGGCCUGGCUACUGAGAAAAAGAUUCUGACGUCAACUGUUGGUACCAAAGAUGAGACCCGGGGCCGCCUUGUUCGGAAAGCCAAGAUUGAGAUACUGCUGGGGAAGACAGAGAACUCCAAUGAUGCUGUGGCUGCUGCCAAAGUUGAUGACAACAAGGCUGACAAUAAAGAUACCAAGGAAGAAAGUGAGGAAGAAACUAAGAAGGAAUCCGAGGAAGAAACUAAGAAGGAAUCUGAGGAAGAAACAAAGGAAGAAACCCAGGUAUGAUCGGCAAGCCGCAUCUCAGCCUUUGUCCAUUCAUUCAUUCUUCUGUGUGCAGAGUCCGCAUCAGAUAGAGCAGGGUUCUUUCCGGUCAGUGCUUCUGUCAUGGACACCGAUAGCAUAGCAUGCUGUAUUGCUUUUCAUUUCUUUUCAGUGUACUCUUGGCCAGCUGCUUGUGAGCUUGAGAUUCUAGUUUAGAUGUGUCUGUAUUUUUGAUGUUUAACUGAAACUCAUACUUUCUGAGAUUUGUAUCUGAUUGUACCCUUGAGAUGAUUGGGUGCUGACUGAUGGUUCCGGGAGAAA